GCGGUUCGGGAUUAAUAGCCACUAAAUUACACAUUACAUUGUGAGAACGUGAUCUGUGAUAAGCGAAAGUAAUGACGCGAACAUAUUCACUUCAUGCUCUCGGUGAUUGUGCGUUUGACGUUUGCAUAGGGGCGAUUUAUCACAAUUGCCUCAUAGCGAAUGAUAAUUUGUUGUAAUUUUAUAUCUGGGGUACUAAACCGGGGUUAUCGGAAAUCACAGUGCGGUUUGAAACGUAUCAAUUCGUCGUUCGCAAAAUAAACACGUCUACAUGCGCAUCUUUCACAAUAAUCGUAAAUGAGAUCUGAAAUGAAUUGUGAACGAUUACAUAUUCAUUAUUCCAGUACACAAUAAAAAAUGGACUGACGAUGCUCUCUUUAUCACUCUUCGUGGUCAUGGUGACGAGUUUACCGAUUGGAAACAACUAUAACAGGCGCGUAUACUCGUACAAUUAUCUCCCAGCGGCGCGAUACGUUCAUCGAAUUGUGCCCUCGCAAAUAAGAAUGAACCGAGCCAAUCAUAUCAGAGAGGGCAAUUUUCACCUGAGCAAUAUGAACCGACGCAGGAUCGAGCAAAAUGAGUCCGUGGAUAAUCAUGUUUCAGAAUCUCACAUCAUGCAUUUUGAAGACGGGCAUGGAGCAGAAGGUGGAUACGAAUCGCAGGAGAGUUUCGAUGAUGGGUCCAGUGACGGAGGGAGCAAUGAACACAAUAAUCAAGUAUUAGGUCAUCACGUGCACGAGGAUGUACAUAAAACGGUGACGAUCAUAAAGAAAGUCGCGGUACCCUAUCCGGUGGAAAAGACUAUUCGAUAUCCCGUAGUAAAGAAGAUACCGUAUCCGGUUAAAGUGCCGGUCCCGCAGCCAUAUGCGGUUGAGAAGAAAAUACAUUAUCCCGUGAAAGUGGUCGUCAAGGUCCCCGUCAAAAUCCCGCGACCGGUACCGGUCAUCAAAGAGGUCCCAUACCCGGUUAAAAUACCAGUAGACCGCCCUGUACCGGUCAAGGUGUACGUGCCGGAGCCAUACCCCGUGGAGAAGAAGGUACAUUACGAGGUAAAAGUUCCGGUACCGGAUCCGUUCCCCAUAGAACGAAAAAUACCGGUACCUGUGAAGGUGCCGGUGCACGUACCGCAGCCUUAUCCGGUCGAGAAAAUCGUCCAUUACCCUGUGAAGAUUACAGUAGACAAACCGAUACCCGUCCCGGUGCCGAAACCGUAUCCGGUGCCGGUCACAAAGCCAGUACCAUACCCGGUCGAGAAGCCGGUUCCAGUUCCCGUUAAGGUGGAGGUAGAAAGGCCAAUCCCGGUCCCGGUGGACAAGCCGGUACCGGUCAAAGUGACGGUUCCGGUACCGGCGCCAUACCCGGUUGAAAAAACCGUUCCGUAUUCCGUGGAGAAAUUUGUUCCUGUGCCGAUAAAGAUACCGGUAGAGAGGCCUGUACCGGUUCACGUGAGCAAGCCGGUCGCGUAUCACAUCGAGAAACACGUCCCUUAUCCGGUUAAAAUACCGGUCGCGGUACCAAUAGAAGAACACGGGGAGCAUAAUGUAGAGCAUGUCGAACAUGAAGAAUACGAGCAUCCGUGAACAUGGUUUGUGCGAUUAGCUGACAAUGGAAUUACAUAGGAAUAGCUGAUAGAGGCUUUGUACUUCAAUAUAUUCUUCCGAAUCGGUUCGAAGAUGCGCGAUCGAUCGAGGAAAGUCUGUAUCAUAAAUCCUAAUUGUACGUUUAGCUCUAGAUAGAAUCGUCUGAUUCUCAAGCCAAAGUAAUUAUGUACGAGACUCUCAUGCACGAUAAAUAAAAUGUUUGAAUCGGACGAGCAAAUUUAACGCUAGAUAUACGAUUAGAAUACAGCUCUUAGAAUUUAUAAGCAGGAUUUUGAUAUAAGAUAUAUCGUAACAUAU